AUGAGCGGCAACAAGAACACUCCCACUGCCCAACCCAAACUCAACGGCACAACCGCCGCCGCCCAUCCCAGCGCCCCCAAGAACGGAUCCGCCCCCUCAAACGGCAAGAUCGUCCCUCGUGUCGACUCUGUCGUCCCCGUGGCAUCCACCAAAUGGUUGGCUUUGGAGACAUACCAUUACACCGACGAAGAUGGCAAACAACGACAAUGGGACGUUGCCACACGAACCACCAAACCCAAGGUCGACAAUAGCAAUGGUGUUUCCAACACAACACCCGGCAAUACGCGUUCCACAGCCGACGCUGUCGUCAUCAUUCCCUUGCUGUCAUCCAAAUCCAAUCCCAGUAAUAAAUUGGAAACACUCUUGGUGACACAGUUCCGUCCUCCUGUCAAUGGCUACACGAUGGAAUUCCCCGCUGGAUUGGUCGAUGCCGGGGAAACGGUCGAAGCCGCAGCCUUGCGAGAAUUGAGAGAGGAAACUGGAUUUGUCGGAGAAUUCUGCAGUGCCGUCCCGGAUGUUUCGAGAGCCGUCUGUAUGAGCCCUGGAUUGGCCACGGAAACGGUCCACGUUGUUCUAGUCCAAGUCGAUUUGGACAAUCCCUACAAUCACGGAACUCCAAAGCCCGAAUUGGACGAUGGCGAACACGUCACAUUGCAUCGGGUUCCAUUGGACGAAGGACUCAAAACAUUGGUCGACACGUGUCCGGCCAUGCCCAUUAUGGGACUUUAUCUGUUUGCCAUGGGAUUUCAAUUGGGGAAACAACAACAACAAGCCGAAAAGAAGUGA